CAGCGCGUCGCAGAAGCAUCCUUAACCGCACGUGCUUGAGGGUUGACACGUUGAGACAUUUCUAAACGCAAGAAGAAGAAAAAUAAGAUUGAGCUAUUUCCUGCAUGGAUCUUGUAGACAGAUGAAAGUAGCUUGGAUUAUAACUAUUUGGUGACAUAGCUAAGACAUUGACGGCAUCCAUAUCCUAGACUGUGAAUUUGGGCAACCAGAAGAGAUGUUAGUCCACACAUAUUCCGCUAUGGUGAGUCCCUGUACAUUCAAAACUCCGCGCUAGUCUGCAGCCCAGAUUAGGUCCUAUAUGGUCUUGUCAUCUUCUAUGUCUACAACUUUGUCUUGACUUGAGUGGGCACAGAUAUGUGACGUUAACUUCGCACUAGCGGCGCCGCUAUUGUCAUUGUCAGCUGUCUGGAUAGAUCGACUGUAUGCGGAAUGUCAAAGCGAGGGAGAAUCGGACGGCAUCAAAGUGUCCGUAGAAAUAUUAAUUUAAAGAGAGACAACUAAACGAUGAUGACACUUUGAGAUGGUAGAUAAUAAUCAUUUUGAAAAGUCCCAUUGCGUUUUGCUGUGGUGAGCAUAAUGAAAGUUUAAACUGCUAAAAGUGUGAAAUGUAUAAGGCAUACAGAUGGUAGCAUAUAUAUUAUAUCUAGUUGCUAUCGGUUUUAUGUUGACAUUUAUUAUUUUAUACAGAUUUUAAAUGACCUUUUUCUUUUAAAUCCCCAUUUGCUCGUUUCUAAUAAUGGACAUUGUUCCAACAACAAAAUUGAUCCGAGUGACCCAGCUUUAGAAAAAUCGAUUUUUAACCAGGAAGUGCAUGCAUAUGGAGAGGAAUGUAGGCUACAGGACAAUUGGAGAAUAUUGCAAAAUGACUUCAUGGACGAUGGUAUGUUAUUACAAUAUUACUUGAUGACUCCCAAAUUCAUUCAGACAAAAUGGCAAUAGAAGUUAUGUUUAGGUUAUAUCGCUUUAUAUUUCCCAUGAAAAUAUUUGCAAUAUUUUGUAAAUAUUUCAUAAGCUCCUGUAGUCAUAAAUGUGUGCACAUAUUUUAUCAUAUUGAGUGUUGUAUUUCCUGGAGCAACAUAAUGCUAUUGCGCAUUAGAUACCUGUCCUUUGUUCUGUUGGGGUUCUCAGUGGCCAUUACCUUUUUGACACUGUCAUGCAGCGAUGCCAGAGGCACCUGCUGCCUGUCUGCAUGCAAAUCAAACCCUCAGUUUGAGUUAUUUUGACAUUUUAGAAUUAAAUAGUUGAAUAUUAGGCAAGACAGACAAAGUUUUGUGCAGUUUUAUAUAGGCUAUCGAACUGAUUUAAAUUGUAUUUCUAAGGUCCUUUUCUUUUAGUGUGAUAUUCCAAUUUCAUUGUAGUUCAGUUAAUCACCUGACACAAUAAUAACGAAUUGUAAUGUGCUUAUGAUAAAGCUUAAGAUACGAUUUAUAGUUUUGCAAAGAUUAUUUGAGUCGAAAAAAAUCUUUGAAUUAUAGGCCUGACAUUUGGUGCAUUUAAUCGAUGCAUUUGCAUGUAAUCUAAACAUUUUUUAUUUACAAGCCUAACCAACUUUUUUUUAUUUACGCACAGGACCGCGCGGACGGACUGACCGGCUCCUCGCCGAGUGGGCGACUGUCCCAACUCUCCUCGCUCAACCAGGCAGCUUACUCCUCUGCUCCCCCGCUCUGCCAUACACCAGCCUCUGACUUCCAACCUCCAUACUUCCCCCCUCCAUACCCACAGUCUUCGCUCUCAUACUCCCAGAGCCAGGACUCUGCAUACUCUCACUUAUCGGACCCCUACACUUCCAUCAACUCCAUCCAUCAGCAUCAGCAAGCGGCAUGGCACUCGCAGAGAUCGCGGUCGGAUGAGGGGGGGCUAUUGUCACAGUCACACCGGGCUUUAAGCCUCGACCCCCGUCGGGAGUACCCCGGUGUACCCCGGCUUCUCCACGGACUCGGUGAGGGUGCUGCAGCGCUAGGGGACGGUCCUCUUGGAAUGCACAUUGGACAUCACGGACUGGAGGACAUGCAGGUGGGUUUAUUUGUGCGUGGACCUUUUUAUUAUUCCUUCUCCCAUUCACAAACACUAUAUUGGUCGUGCGUAAAAGUCACCUUCCAGCACAUAGCCUAACCCAUGCACCCAUUAUGUAGAUAAUUGCUGCAUUAGUUUACUAUUUUUUAUGGAAGAAUCUAUAACUAUUUUAAUAAUUGUGUGUAUGGCAAGGAUUCUUUCUGUCACUUUUAUUUUGUUACUGUGAUAGUCUUUUUUUUUGGUGCGUAUUUUACGCAAUCGUUUUUUUCUUCCGAAGGGUCCACCCUACAAAAAUUCCUAAUUGUAAAUGCAAUUCAUAUAGCAUUUUGUAAAAUAUUGCAUAUUUACCAACUGUUGGACUAAUAAUUGUCUCGAAAUGGCCACCUGUCAAAUUCAAAUGACCUUGCUCUUCGCCUUGAUCUUAUUGCGAGAGUAUACGCACAGUUUUACAACUUUAUUUAGAGACCAUGGACAUCUUUUCCUUGUAGCAGUGUAAAUAGGCUAGAGAGUUGUCUAAGUGGUGAUGAUUGCGUUGAUGGAUACAUGUAUACCUAAUCAUGUUAAACGGAAUUGGUCCACUAAUUGCAGGGGCUCGCUUGUCUCGUUAGCUUAAAAAUUAUAUUAGUUCAACCUAAUCCCCAAAGCGUUGUUAUGUUAAAUAUAGCGGGCGGAGAUCAAACAAUUACAUCUGAUAGCAACUAACAAUUACAUUAUUAGACCUUGAAUACAUAUAGUGUGAUAUGUUUAACUAUAUUAGCCUACUUUGUGGACGCAGUAAUCAAAUAGAUGAUUUGGAUAAGCCAUUUCUUUCAGGUAAAUUGAAAUAGACAUGGAUAUCGGAAAUAUCAACAAAAUAAUAGGCUGAUUUAUACAAUUAUCUUAUAUAUAACUACUUUGUUUCUAAUUUCAAUAGCCUAUUGACAAUGUAUUAAUUGUAGCGAAAAAAUUUACAAAAUGUAUGUUAAUCUCCUGAAAAAAUACAUCAGAAAUAGCCUAGAAAUACAUAAUAGUAAUAAUAUUAAAUAUAAUAUUAGGAAUUUUGUAAUUCUUUCCUUCCUGAAUAGUUUUAUUGUUAUUUGUGUGUCAGAAUUCAAGGCUAAUUUAAGCCUGUAGGCUAUCCACUAACACAUGAAGCAAGCCAACGUUUCGUUGGUGGCUUUAGCCGAUAUCCAUUGAAGUCAUAGGGAGAAGUGUUGAACAUAUUAUGGUAUGCAUUUUCAAUUUAGCAAGAACAAUAGUUUAAACGUUGCUAUGGAUUUAUUGAGUAGUCAACCACACACAAGCAGGUGCAGAUUCAGACGCAUUUGUUCAAAACAUCCUGCAUCGCUCACAGAAAAUUCGGCGCAACCAAUUGAUUCCCGUGGUCAUUAAUACAAAGAAACACUUACUCAAGCGGCAGGCAUGGAGUCAUCCAGGGCAUGUUUGUGUUAAACGCCCUCUCUUGACAGAACCUUCAUUUGAUUAAUGGAUUCAAUUCGCACGUUUGAGCCCCUUAUAAAACCGACACAAAGAGCAUUUCGCUCUGCAGAAGAAUUUUAUCAUACUUCUCAUGACACAUGUAGAAUAUCAGUAAAAGUAUAAUAUCAGUAUAAACAAACUACUAUUUGUUUUUAGUUUCUUUGCUGAAUAGACAAGUAGGCGGCCUAAUCCGUCCAUAUAAAAAUAUGUAGGACUAGGCUUAAAAUAGAUCAUUAUAUAAAGAUUUAGAGUGACUUGAUAAUUGGGCUCAGAUUACAUUUUUCACAAUUUCCGAUGCGUAUUGAAUUCACAUUGAAAAGGAUUGCGAUUGCAGGGUUUAGCUCACGAUUAUCCUCAUUGUAAUUCAAGUGAAAAACAUACAUUUACAUUUACAUUUUAGUCAUUUAGCAGACGCUCUUAUCCAGAGCGACUUACAGGAGCAAUUAGGGUUAAGUGCCUUGCUCAAGGGCACAUCGACAGAUUUUUCACCUAGUUGGCUCGGGGAUUAGAACCAGCGACCUUUCGGUUACUGGCACAACGCUCUUAACCACUAAGCUACCUGCCGCCCCAACAUACUUAGGCUAUAGUUUUUUUAUUUACAACUUAACAUGUCAAAAGUACACACAACAUAAAAUGUGUAAAAGACAUAUGGACUUGACAAAGUGAUUCUCAUGCCAAUAGCCCUCUCUUAAGAUUCCCCCCUCAACUCACAAACACAAAAUAUGUCAGUUCUAUGUCUAGGUUUUCAUAGAGUAAAGACAAUGUUAAGCAGGGACAACUUUUGUCUUCUUCUUUGUUCUCUGACCACACAACAUUGUAUAUUUGCACAGCCAGUUUCAACAAAUAGUGCAAUUAUGUUUACUGCUUUUUCUUCCACACCUAUAGGGUGUGGACCACAACUCCACACUGUUCAUAGAGAUCACAUACACUGUAAAUGUAUUCACUUGGCCUUGGAUAAAGUGGCAUAUGCUAUAUUAUUAGCCCUACAAUAACCUUAAAUAAAGCUUCUCAAAUAAACUGCACUAACGAACUGCGAGACUGUAGCAAAACUGCCGAUCAACUGUUAUAAUUUUCAUACACUGUGAUAAGAGCUAAAUUAUAGAUUGCAUUUGGCCCCAGACUGGUUUUGGAUUGGCUGGUGAGGGUAGUGAAUAAAUGAUCCUGACUGCCCACUGUAUCUACCCAACACAGGGAAUGGAGGAGGGAUCAGCCUUGGGCAUCCUGGACCACUCUGUCAUUAAGAAAGGUAAGUGAUGGCAGAGCUCUGUGUGUGUUUGUGGGUAGCCUUCCCUAUAAACACCAACCACCCCUCCAGCACACACACACACACACACACACACACACACACACACACACACACACGCACACACACUAUAAAUAAUUCUGUUUUGCUAUUUCAUUUGAAGUCCUCUAAUACUCGGCUGCAGACUUCACCCUGAAGGCAGUCAUUCUUAAUGAACUGUUCAUGGUCAUAUGAGAGAGAGAGGGAGAGAGAGGGGGAUUAGAGCAAGGAGGAGAGAAGUGGGGCAAGGAAAAGGGAGGGGAAAGAAGUGAUAAAAGAGUUCUGGGGAAAUUCACAGCCGUAUGAUAACUCUAAUAUUACCAAUACUAAGAACUAGGAUUUUUCACAAGACACAGGGGCAUGAUUAACCAAUUCAAGUUGAAUUCCAAAUCAGCUUGAGUGACUACACGGGAGACAUGGCAUCUAUGCAUGAGCAAUGCUUAAAAUGUUGCAACCAACACUCAUAUUCAAGAAAAAUGACUAUCAUUCCACUGAUUUGUCGAGGUUGAGAAUGGAUCAAUUACAGCGCAUACUCCUGGCCACAGAUUUAAGAGCGUAGAACAAGCUCAAAGCCCACAUGAAUAAGCAGCUCUGGGGAUCUGAGGAGAGAGAGGGAGAGAGAGAAACAGAGAGAGAUAUAUAAACAGAGCGAGAGAGAAACAGAAAGAGAGAGUGAGAGAGAGAGAGAGAGAGAGAGAGAGAGAGAGAGAGAGGGCUUAGAGACCUCUUCGCUGCUCCGCGGCUGGUCCUGGCUGGCUCUGAAUGGGGGAUAGAGAGAGCUCCCUUCUGUCCGGGAAUCUGUGCUGCACAGUGGGGCGUCGCAAAGAGAUGCACGCCGCCCACGGAGCGAGAGUUGAGAAACGGCAUCAUAGCGGCAGCACUAGCACAGCUGACAGUAGGCACAGAGAUAAUAACUCCGCAACAGUAUAGCUAGUCACUGGGAGGAUGCGCUGAGCCAAAGGGAUGAGGGGGGUAGUAGGGAGCUGGGUAUAGAUUGUGUGUGUGUGUGUGUGUGUGUGUGAGAGAGAGAGAGAGAGAGAGACCCCCCCACACACACACACACACACACAGGGGCAAGAGAGGAUACUAGGAUAGUUUCUAAACCAUAGAAACACAGUAAUGCACACUCAUACAUAAUAACACACACAGAUACAGAUACAUGCUCACCAAGGGAAAGGGUUCAUUCAAUCCUCUCAAUUCAGCCUUUAGAUCCAAGCCCACAGUCCUGGCAUGAGAUGUGUGAUUAGUGGGCUACACCAGCUAAUCUCAUGAAAACAAAUUAACGGUUUAAAAGAUGAUGUAACAAAGAUGUUUGAGCACAAAUUAAAAAGCCAAGGGGACUCUUUUUUUUUUUUUACGUCAACACAAAUCAUUAUUAGGAACUGAAUGGCAGUUUAAAUCGUAAUAAUUUUUAGAAUGCUCCUCUCAAGUAACAGGAAAUAUUACCACAAUGCUUAGACUUGUACGGUUCAAGUGCUUUCUUAGCCACGACAAUUCUAUAAUUUGCAUUCAUAUGAUAGUGUUGCUUUGUCCCCAGUUUCUCCCAGUUUUUAAACCUGGAAAGUGGCAAUUUAAAUUCUAGCAACACUCAAUACUUGAGAAUGAAGGUCUUUAAGCUUAGCAGUCAGAGAAAAGUGACUGUGAAAGUAGUGAGGUGUGAAUAAGAUCUAUAUGAGGAAAGUAGUGAGGCGUGAAUAAGAUCUAUAUGAGAUGGCCCCGUGUAGCUCAGUUGGUAGAGCAUGGCGCUUGCAACGCCAGGGUUGUGGGUUCGAUUCCCACGAGGGGCCAGUAUGAAAAUGUAUACACUAACUGUAAGUCGCUCUGGAUAAGAGCGUCUGCUAAAUGACUAAAAUGUAAUGUGUUACUUAAAGAAACAUGGCACCCACCUGCUGUGACCACAACAACAACAAUAGUGGUGCCAGAAUUAGAGCUGUCAACACAGGGGAAAACGUGCCACUGAAUUUAUUAUCCAUGUAAUAAACACAUUACUUUCAUUAGAACAUCAAGGAUGACAAAUUUUUCAUGUAUAUUAGAAUGGAUUGUGGAAAUAUGAUUUUUAUUCACCUUUACUCUUUUUUUCUCCCUCUAUAAUCUCUCCUUCUCUUCCUAUCUUGCUAUUUCCCCAUCUCUCUCUCUCUCUCUCUCGCUCUCUCUCUCUCUCUCUCUCUCUCUCUCUCUCUCUCUCUCUCUCUCUCUCUCUCUCUCUCUCUCUCUCUCUCUCUCUCUCUCUCUCUCUCUCUCUCCGUCCCUUCUCUCCCUAACUCUCUCUCCACAGUUCCCAUCCCCUCCAAGCUGAAUGGCUCGUCCCUGUCGGCCCUCCACCUCAGUAAGGAUGGUCUAGGGAUUGGUUCCGUGUCCAACCCAGGGGAGGUGUUCUGCUCCGUCCCCGGCCGCCUCUCACUCCUCAGCUCCACCUCCAAGUACAAGGUCACCGUGGGGGAGGUGCAGCGACGGCUGGCCCCGCCUGAGUGCCUCAACGCUUCCCUGUUGGGCGGAGUCCUGCGCAGGUGA